GGCGAAGAGCUAGGGAAAGAGGGAAAACACUAGGGUCGCAGGGUUCAAAAUGGCUCCAACCUCUUUUGGUGACGUAGAGAGCAGAACUUGGGUCUGCCCCUCCCUUUUAGUUAAGGGAGCAGAACUGGGAUUAGCCCGACAUUUGGAUAGUACGAACAUCGAUCUGCGGCGCUGGUGCUAACCCAACUCAUUCGGCUGGACGACUCAGCCCUCCCCACAUUAGGUGGCCAGAAUGGAUUUGUGGCCAGGGGCAUGGAUGCUGCUGCUGCUGCUCUUCCUGCUGCUGCUCUUCCUGCUGCCCACCCUGUGGUUCUGCAGCCCCAGUGCCAAGUACUUCUUCAAGAUGGCCUUCUACAAUGGCUGGAUCCUCUUCCUGGCUGUGCUCGCCAUCCCUGUGUGUGCCGUGCGAGGACGCAACGUCGAGAACAUGAAGAUCUUGCGUCUAAUGCUGCUCCACAUCAAAUACCUGUACGGGAUCCGAGUGGAGGUGCGAGGGGCUCACCACUUCCCUCCCUCGCAGCCCUAUGUUGUUGUCUCCAACCACCAGAGCUCUCUCGAUCUGCUUGGGAUGAUGGAAGUACUGCCAGGCCGCUGUGUGCCCAUUGCCAAGCGCGAGCUACUGUGGGCUGGCUCUGCCGGGCUGGCCUGCUGGCUGGCAGGAGUCAUCUUCAUCGACCGGAAGCGCACGGGGGAUGCCAUCAGUGUCAUGUCUGAGGUCGCCCAGACCCUGCUCACCCAGGACGUGAGGGUCUGGGUGUUUCCUGAGGGAACGAGAAACCACAAUGGCUCCAUGCUGCCCUUCAAACGUGGCGCCUUCCAUCUUGCAGUGCAGGCCCAGGUUCCCAUUGUCCCCAUAGUCAUGUCCUCCUACCAAGACUUCUACUGCAAGAAGGAGCGUCGCUUCACCUCGGGACAAUGUCAGGUGCGGGUGCUGCCCCCAGUGCCCACGGAAGGGCUGACACCAGAUGACGUCCCAGCUCUGGCUGACAGAGUCCGGCACUCCAUGCUCACUGUUUUCCGGGAAAUCUCCACUGAUGGCCGGGGUGGUGGUGACUAUCUGAAGAAGCCUGGGGGUGGUGGGUGAACCCUGGCUGUGAGCUCUCCUCCCAUCUGUCCCCAUCUUCCUCUCCACACCUACUCACCCAGUGGGCCCUGAAGCAGGGCCAAACCCUCUUCCUUGUCUCCCCUCUCCCCAUUUAUUCUCCUCUUUGGAAUCUUCAACUUCUGAAGUGAAUGUGGAUACAGCGCCACUCCUGCCCCCUCUUGGCCCCAUCCGUGGACUCUUGCCUCGGUGCAGUCUCCACUCUUGACCCCCACCUCCUACUGUCUUGUCUGUGGGACAGUUGCCUCCCCCUCAUCUCCAGUGACUCAGCCUACACAAGGGUGGGGAACAUUCCAUCCCCAGUGGAGUCUCUUCCUGUGUGGUCUUCUCUACCCCUCUACCCCACAUUGGCCAGUGGACUCAUCCAUUCUGUGGAACAAUUCCCCCCCACUCCAAAGUCCAUGGAUUCAAUGGACUCAUCCAUUUGUGAGGAGGACUUCUCGCCCUCUGGCUGGAAGCUGAUACCUGGAGCAUUCCUCCCAGGCUCAUCCUGGGAGCUUUCCUCAGCACCUUCACCUUCCCUCCCAGUGUAGCCUCCCAUCAGUGGGGGCUGGACCCUUCUAAUUCAGAGGUCUCAUGCCUGCCCUUGUCCAGAUGCCCAGGGUUGUGCACUCUCUGGGAUACCAGUUCAGUCUCCACAUUUCUGGUUUUCUGUCCCCAUGGUACAGUUCUUCAGUGGACAUGACCCCACCCAGCCCCCUGCAUCCCUGCUGCACCAUCUCCCAGACACAAGGGGAAGAAGCAGACAUCAGGUGCUGCACUCACUUCUGACCCCUGGGGAGUUGGGGAAAGGACGAACCCUGGCUGGAGGGGAUAGGAGGGCUUUUAAUUUAUUUCUUUUUCUGUUGAGGCUUCCCCCUCUCUGAGCCAGUUUUCAUUUCUUCCUGGUGGCAUUAGCCACUCCCUGCCUCUCACUCCAGACCUGUUCCCACAACUGGGGAGGUAGGCUGGGAGCAAAAGGAGAGGGUGGGACCCAGUUUUGCGUGGUUGGUUUUUAUUAAUUAUCUGGAUAACAGCAAAAAACUGAAAAUAAAGAGAGAGAGAGAGA